GUGGUUCCAGGUUGCAGGCACGCACGCGGUGCUGGUGUGCCUCAGUCACCUCCAAGCGCCUGGCAGCCCCAGAGCGAGUGGCAGCUUUGAGUCGCCGGGCAAAGAUGCCCCACUGCAACCUGCGCGCGGCUGCCGUCCUAUUUCUGGUGAUCCUAAAGGAACAGCCUUCCAGCUCUGCCCCACUCAACGGAUCCAAGUGGACUUAUGUUGGUGCUACUGGGGAAAAGAACUGGUCCAAGAAGUACCCGUCAUGUGGGGGCCUCCUACAGUCCCCGAUAGACCUGCAUAGCGACAUCCUCCAGUACGAUGCCAGCCUCACACCCCUACAGUUCCAAGGUUACAAUGUGUCUGCUGAAAAGCUGUUGAACCUGACCAAUGAUGGCCAUUCUGUGAGACUGAAUCUGAACUCGGACAUGUAUAUCCAGGGCCUCCAGCCUCACCAAUACAGGGCGGAGCAGCUGCACCUGCACUGGGGGAACCGUAACGACCCCCGUGGCUCUGAACACACCGUGAGUGGGAAGCAUUUCGCCGCCGAGCUGCACAUCGUCCAUUAUAACUCAGACCUGUACCCUGACUUCAGCGCUGCCAGCAACAAGUCAGAAGGCCUUGCUGUCCUUGCCGUUCUCAUCGAGAUAGGCGCCAUCAAUCCGUCAUAUGACAAGAUCUUCCGUCAUCUUCAAAAUGUUAAGUACAAAGGCCAACAAGUGCGCAUCCAAGGCUUCAACAUUGAAGAACUUCUGCCUGAGAGCCCUGGCGAGUACUACCGCUAUGUAGGGUCCCUGACGACACCUCCUUGCUACCCUACUGUGCUCUGGACAGUUUUCCGAAAUCCUGUGCAGAUUUCCCAGGAUCAGCUGCUGGCUUUGGAGACAGCUCUGUAUUUCACACACAUGGACGACCCUUCCCCCAGAGAAAUGGUCAACAACUUCCGGCGGGUCCAGAAGUUUGAUGAGAGGCUGGUGUACAUCUCCUUCCGACAAGUAGGACUCCUUACCGACACAGGACUGAGUCUGGGAAUCAUCCUUUCAGUGGCCCUGGCCGGCAUUCUUGGCAUUUCCAUUGUUCUGGCACUGUCCGUCUGGCUCUUCAGAAGGAAGAAGAGCAAAAAAGGUGACAACAAGGGAGUCAUUUACAAACCAGCCAUCAAGAAGGAGACUGAGGCCCGCGCCUGAGGUCCCUGGCCCUCUCAGACAUCCAAGGAAGGACUUUGCUUUGGACACUACAUACUUUGGCUCUCUGGACACUUGAAAUACCUCAAGGUGUUCUCUCGAGCUCAACCGUAACCCCUUCCCCAGACACUUGUGAGGCUUCUGGCUGGGCCUCACCUGUUCUGCUGUAAGCCACCCCAGGGUGACCUGUGAGUGGGAUUAUACUGAACUAGGGGGCAGGAGCUUCCAGUGGAUUUCUCUAGCUGCAAGAGACGGCUAAAGAUUUAGAAUUCUGGGUCACAAAGCUAACCUGCUGAUGUUUGGAAAACACUUCCAUCCUGGGUUCAUCUCGAUACAUUUCCAGUGCCCUGGACAUUCUAGUUAUCCUUUAACCUUCCAGAUGAGAGCGCCGCACCCUUUGCUCAGGUGAUACUUUUGAAACUCAGCUUCCUCCCUCAGGAAGGAGCUGUCUUCCUUGGAUUUCCUUCUGCCCUGACAGACCCUCCAGCCUGACCAAAUGCCUAUGGGGAAGAACUGAGACAAGAAUCAUCAGAUUAUCAGAAAGAAAGAAAGAAAGAAAGAAAGAAAGAAAGAAAGAAAGAAAGAAAGAAAGAAAGAAAGAAAGAAAGAAAGAAAGAGAGAAGAAAAAAAGAAAACUAUAAUAUACUAAGGCAUUGCCACAGUCCUGUCUUUUGGGUUAGAGACAUUGACCAAAUCUUACAGAAAUGCAGGCUCAACUUCUAUUUCUUAAUGGAGAUAAAGGGAGACAGAGAAAGGGGAACAGAUGGAAUGGGAAGGCGUACAUUGUCCAGGAGUCUUGUUUUGGAGUCAAGAUACAGCGUAAGAGAAAUUGAGUCUAAGUUGCUGUCUGCUUAGCCUCAGGAGGACAGUUUGCUUUGUACUCCGCUCCACUGCUGGAAAGCAAGUUCCUUUCUGUCUCCUGGAGUAGAUGCGAUUCAUGGAAUAAUCUACUCUGCUUUGAACCGGUGGGAAACAGACAGAAGCAAGACAGCUGUGCAACUUUGUUUCUUUUGCCCUAAUGUCACUUCUACCUUGUCUGAUAUCCCUGCUAUCGACUGGGUGUCAGGACUGUCUGCUCCCCUGGCUGGGGGAAGUCUAAAUGAUGUUUGGUCAAAAUGUAUUUUCAUACUAUCAAAGCAGGAAGCUAUCUGCACAGAGCCAAAGCAGGUCCUGGUAUUUAGGUACUAAGACCAACAGAAUGCUCCCAAGAUUCUCCCUGUUCUUCCCCUUCAGCCACACAGUGUCUGAGAAUACUUUAAUUCCUUACUCAUGUUCUUCCCACAAAGGUGAGAACCCUGUGGAUCGCAGUCGGCUCUGUGGCUCAACAGUAGCCUCAGCCUCCAGCCCCUAAUUGCUAGUUCCCUGCCGUUCACAGGAAGUUCUCCCAUUUCCUCUCAUUUUGACAGCAUGGAAUGUCCUCUUGAAGUACGAGGGUUUUUGUUUAUUUUGUUUUGUUUUUACAUCUUUCUCCUUCUACACCUUCCUCUGACUUGGUAAAAAUCUUUUUCUACCAUUACAACUUUUCAUGGUGGCAAGCCCUGUGUCUUUGUAACAUAAUUCCCUGGGCAAGGUUACAGGUGACCCAACAGGGUCUUGGCUGUGUGUGCAGUGUAUGCGCAUACACACAAGAUCUCCGACAGCCUUGGAGUCUGGGUACCCCGCCCCCAGCCUUGCAACCGACGUGCCUGAUGGUAUCACCACAGUAAGGACAAUCCUCAAGAAUAAGCAACACAAUUUAGUGGGCCAGAAUUGUCAGCCGGAAACUAGCAUAAAGCACUCCAGGACAGCAAGACUGUCUCAAAGAACUAUACUCCAACAACUUGUGUGAGAGCGCAGCGAGCUCGGAGUACCUGGCAUGAAGACUGGCCAUGAAAGGAAAUGCGCGAGGAGGUGAUAACAGUGGCAUCUCUCCUCCCCUCUUCCCAUUCAGCACAGUCCAGACAUUCAGUCCUCGUCUGGUCCUCAUGGAUGAGAUGAAACGAAGCCAGGGAGGCCGAAAGAGCGCUCCGAGAGUCAGCGCCGUCAACCUUUAGCUCUUGAAGAUGCAGCUUUCUUCAUACUCCCCCUCAUUCUGUGGACACGGGGCCACCACUGAGGGACCAGUGCUGGGGUGUGCACACAGCUUGCCUCCUUAUCUCGGUUGUGUGAGGUGUAAGGUGGGUGCCUAGGAGAGCCUGGGUGGGCACAGGGCUGGGCACAGGGCAGGUGAAGAAGACCAA